UCAGAGGUCCCGCCCCUUUGCCAGCAGCCGGGAGGGUGUUAGGGGGCGUUUCUCCAGGAGGAAAACUGUGAGCUGCGACGCUGAGGAAGGGGACCCCAAAACGUCUGGCACUGCCCCCUCCAGGGAUCACUUUGGACCGCAUCACUCGGCCCAGCGGGAUUCAGAAACGCCGAGGGGUCAACCUGAUGGGUUUCGGGGUCAACGGAAGAGGGGAAGGGGAGCCCUGGCGGGGAGAACCCCCCGGUCCCCCGCCCAGCAGCUGAGGCACAGGAGGGCGGCCAUCUUGGCCGGGAGGGUAGGGCUGGGGAGCUGCGGGCGCCGUGCGAUUGGGGGGCUCGCCCGGAAGUGACGCCAACUACCCGGAAGCGGAGGGGGUUCCCUGGCCCACUCCCCCCUCGUUCGUUUGCUCCCCCGCUUCCUCCCCGCCCCCCUUCCUCUCCAUUCGUUUCCCCCCCUCCCCGUUCCCUGCCUUCUUCCCCCCCCUACCCGUCCCUCCCCCCCCAACCUCCGGAGCUGGGAAGAGAGUCAAGAUGGCGGCGAAAUCCGAUGGCGGUGGCGUGGGGGUGGGCUUUGCCCAGCUGCACAACCUGGACGAGGCGGUGGGCAGCGGCGGCGAGGAGGACGGGGAGCCCGGGGGAGGCGGCUGCGGCGGCGGCGGCGACGGCAGCGAGCCCGGCGAGAGCAGCUCGCUGCACAUCUGCCACUGCUGCAACACCUCCUCGUGCUACUGGGGCUGCCGCUCCGCCUGCCUGCGCUCCCUCCUGGGCAAGAAGCCGCGCCGCAGCGCCGCCGCCGCCGCCGACGGGGGGGACCAGCCGCUGCAGCCGCCCGCGGCCGCCGGCGCCGACCACCACCCCCCGACGCCUGCCGCUCGGCCGCAACCGCCGCCGCCGCAGGUGGAGCGGCCGUGGCUCGACUGCCUGUGGAUCGUGCUGGCGCUGCUGGUCUUCUUCGGGGACGUGGGCACCGACCUGUGGCUGGCCCUCGACUACUACCGCAAGGGGGACUACGGCUUCUUCGGGCUGACCCUCUUCUUCGUGCUGGUGCCGUCGCUGCUGGUGCAGAGCCUGAGCUUCCGCUGGUUCGUGCAGGACUACACGGGCGGCGGGCUGGGCGCCGUGGAGGGGCUCAGCAGCCGGGGCCCCCCCAUGAUGGGGGCCGGCUACGGCCGCGGCGGCCCGGGCUCGGCCACGCCGGGGGCGCAGCGCCUGUGCCGCCUCUCCGUGUGGAUCUGGCAGUCGGUCAUCCACCUGCUGCAGAUGGGGCAGGUGUGGAGGUAUAUCCGCACCAUGUACCUGGGGAUUCAGAGCCAGCGGCAGAAGGAACACCAGCGACGCUUCUACUGGGCUAUGAUGUAUGAAUAUGCAGACGUCAACAUGUUGCGCCUCCUUGAGACCUUCCUGGAGAGCGCCCCCCAACUGGUGCUACAGCUCUGCAUAAUGAUCCAGAAGAACAGCGCCGAGACGCUGCCCUGUGUCUCCUCUGUGACUUCCCUGAUGUCCCUGGCUUGGGUGCUAGCCUCCUAUCACAAGCUGCUGCGGGACUCCAGGGACGACAAGAAGAGUAUGAGCUACAGAGGGGCCCUCAUCCACCUCUUCUGGCGCCUCUUCACCAUCUCAUCCAGAGUUAUCUCUUUUGCCCUCUUUGCUUCCAUAUUCCAGCUCUACUUCGGGAUCUUCGUGGUGGUUCACUGGUGUGCCAUGGCCUUCUGGAUCAUCCAUGGCGGAACAGACUUCUGUAUGUCCAAGUGGGAGGAGAUCCUCUUCAACAUGGUGGUAGGGAUCGUGUACAUUUUCUGCUGGUUUAACGUCAAGGAAGGGCGGACUCGAUAUCGAAUGUUUGCAUAUUAUACGAUAGUCUUGACCGAGAAUGCUGCCUUGACGUUCCUUUGGUAUUUUUACAGAAACCCGGAGACCACUGACUCCUAUGCGGUGCCAGCACUGUGUUGUGUCUUUAUUAGCUUUGUGGCUGGGAUCGCAUUGAUGCUCUUAUAUUAUGGUGUGCUGCAUCCCAUGGGGCCGCGAGCUAAGAUUUUUGCCAGCUCCUGUUGUGCCGAGCUGCUCUGGGGCAUCCCUCUGCCCCCCGAUGUUGAGCCCAUGGCGCCUCAGACCCCUGGGUACCGGGGGACCCAGGUCACGCCUACCAGAGCCGUAACGGAACAACAGGAGGAUCUCACGGCUGACACUUGCUUGCCCGUUUUCCAAGUGAGACCCAUGGGGCCCUUGACCCCGUCGGGGCGUCCUUACCACCCAGAAGGGCCCCUCAUUAAGAUUGACAUGCCAAGAAAGAGAUACCCAGCUUGGGAUGCUCAUUUUGUAGACAGGAGGUUGAGAAGGACUAUUAACAUUCUGCAGUAUGUCACCCCCACCGCAGUAGGCAUUCGGUAUCGAGACGGACCGCUCCUUUAUGAGUUGCUACAGUAUGAGUCUUCACUCUAAGAGCAUCUUGACCCAAGUUGAGAAGGGAACUUAAGUUUGGGUUGUGGUAAACACCGCUUACAAGAAAUAUAACCCUCCCUUUCCCCAACACACAGAACCACCACCACCACCACCACCACCACCACCACCACCAUCACCACCACCACCAAUGCUACAAAAAACAAAAAAGAAAAUAAGUCACAACCCCUUCAGAUAAGCUUUCUUUCCAGUCGCUGUAUGUAUACAAAGAUAUUCUCUAUGUUUUGUAAGUAAAAACAAAAAGAAAACUUUUCUUUUGUUUUUUACACAUAAGAAACAGUAUUGAAAAAUCCCACACUAUGGUUCAUAGGGUGGAGAAGGAGGAGUUGUCUCCACUCCAAAAGAAAAACAAAGUUUUAUACCUUACACCAAGUGUAGAUCAUUUACGGGAUUGGUGCUGAUUGAAAGAACAAAACAAAACAAAACAAAACAAACAAACACAAACAAACAAACAAACAAAAAAACCUUCAACUGCCUUAUGCCCUUAGGUGCUGAGUUUCAUUAAGUACUGUCACGUUUUCUCAUGCAAAACUCUCUGGUGAUUUUUGCACCAGGAGAGGGAAAAUUAAACAAUCAAAUGAAACAAAUCUAGAAACAAAACAAAAACCAACCAACAAAAAAACCACAAAGCAAUCAUUCUUCCUAUCUGAUUAUUUGUAUUGAACAAAACAAAUUUACCAAAAGCAAAGGCAUAAAAACCCCUCCUUCUUUUUGGUUUCUCUCCCAGUCUCCUGUCCUUGCCCCUAAUGAAUCAGCGCCUUCUAGGAGCCAAAGUCUUGCUGUUUGAAACUCAAAUGGCUGGAGAAGCUACUUGAAGGUUGACUAUGUGCCAUUUUAGCAUUCACCCACUGAGAAUCACAUUUGUUUCCUGGUGUAAAGCAACACAGAACAAAACAAAAAGCCACCCCAAUAAUUCUGUAAGAACAGGAAAUUCUAAAGCAAAUUAAAGGAGAUUUCCAUUUCUGUAAUCAAAGAACAUCAGUAAUAAUAAAACUCAGCAUAGUAGCAAAAAGAAUGACAUCAAUUUAAAGGCACAAUACUUAAUCAGUGACCGGCAAAAAAUGAUUUGUUCUGUCAUUUUAAGGCCGUGAAAGGUAUACAUUUAUCACAUGUGAUAUUGUGUAAGGCCUCUUCUGUUUCCAUUUGGUGGGAAGCCUUAAAUUGAUCUGGAAAGAAUUCUUCAUUUUUCAUUUGUGCUUUUUAAAAAUAUUAACAAAAGAGGAAAAUUAGAAUAUAAAAAAAAAGUCAAAUUGUAAUAACUGACCCAUUUCAAAGACUGUUUGGUGCUUCUGUCUUUCACCAUUGUGGUUGGCUGAAAGUCAUUCAGCUCACUUGGUGCAUCUGGGUUGAGUGGGAAAUUUUGUGUGUGUAGUGAGUGUGUGUGUGUGUGUGUGUGUGUGCACGCAUGUGUGUGUGUGUGUGCCCAUAGCACACGUCUAUGUGUGUGUAUGUGUCUGCUGCAAAGUCUUGCCAGAAAUGUAGAAAACUGAUACAAGACAGACUCUGGGUAUGGCUGAGGUGGAGUAUAAGGGUGCUGGGAGUGGGAGCAGGGACAAGGGAAUGGUGCUUGAAUAUCAGCCCCUGUCUGGAUGGCGAGACUCAUACCAGCAGCAAUACUCUGGGUCUUAGAGGCACGUCAUUUGGGUGAAGAUGUGAUUCAAUUAUUUAUUUUCACGUUGUACCAAGUUGAAUUUCUGGAGGUGUUGCAAGUAUGUUCAACCAUUUUUAAAUGUUAUUUUUCAAAAAGUAUUGCUCCUGUAAGGAAUAUUCUGUUCUAGGGCAUCUUUUCAAUCCCAUUGUAUCUCUACUUGGGCACAAAAAAAAAAAAAAAAAAAAAAAAAAAAAAAAGGAAAAGAAAAAAAUC